CGGUUUUUACGUGAGCGUGCACGAGUGCUACUUCCCGACCACGGUUGUCAUAUGACUCCGUCUGUUCAUCCGCUCCCAGCGCAGAUCUGUUUACACUUAGACAGUUUAAUUUAACUAAGAAAAAUAAUAACAAUGUCUACAUUAGUAGCGAAUCGACCCGUGGAUCUGAACGGCCCUGAAGCAGCGGCGCGGCAGCACGCUCAAGCCGUGGUCAGGAACUACAUCUCCCAGCCCAGACUGACCUACUCUACUGUGUCUGGUGUAAAUGGGCCGCUGGUUAUUUUGGACAAUGUCAAAUUUCCACGUUAUGCAGAGAUCGUGCACCUUACUCUACCUGAUGGGACCAAGAGGAGCGGGCAGGUUCUGGAGGUCAUUGGCACCAAGGCUGUAGUUCAGGUGUUUGAAGGCACCUCAGGUAUUGAUGCUAAGAAGACCGCGUGUGAAUUCACUGGUGACAUCUUGCGCACACCUGUGUCUGAGGACAUGCUUGGACGCGUUUUCAACGGGUCAGGUAAACCCAUUGACCGGGGUCCUACUGUUCUGGCUGAGGACUAUUUGGACAUCAUGGGUCAGCCCAUCAACCCUCAGUGUCGUAUCUACCCUGAGGAAAUGAUCCAGACUGGCAUCUCUGCUAUUGACGGCAUGAACAGCAUCGCCCGUGGACAGAAGAUCCCCAUCUUUAGCGCUGCGGGGCUACCGCAUAAUGAGAUUGCUGCCCAGAUCUGUCGUCAGGCUGGUUUGGUGCAGAAAACGAAAGAUGUGAUGGACUACAGUGCAGAAAACUUCGCCAUUGUGUUUGCUGCUAUGGGGGUCAACAUGGAGACUGCACGUUUCUUCAAGUCAGACUUUGAGGAGAACGGUUCUAUGGAUAAUGUGUGCUUGUUCCUGAACCUGGCCAACGAUCCUACCAUUGAACGCAUCAUCACCCCACGUCUGGCUUUGACCACUGCGGAGUAUCUAGCUUAUCAGUGUGAGAAGCACGUGUUGGUCAUCCUUACGGACAUGAGUUCCUACGCAGAGGCUCUGAGAGAGGUGUCUGCUGCCCGUGAAGAGGUGCCGGGUCGUCGUGGUUUCCCAGGUUACAUGUACACUGAUCUUGCUACAAUCUACGAGCGUGCUGGAAGAGUGGAGGGCAGGAAUGGAUCAAUCACCCAGAUCCCCAUUCUAACCAUGCCUAAUGAUGAUAUCACCCAUCCGAUCCCUGAUCUUACGGGGUACAUCACAGAGGGACAGGUGUAUGUUGACAGACAACUGCACAACAGACAGAUCUAUCCUCCCAUCAACGUACUGCCAUCUCUCUCUCGUUUGAUGAAAUCUGCUAUCGGAGAGGGAAUGACCCGCAAAGAUCAUGCUGAUGUCUCUAACCAGCUGUAUGCAUGUUAUGCUAUUGGUAAAGAUGUUCAGGCUAUGAAGGCCGUUGUGGGUGAGGAAGCUUUGACCUCGGAUGACCUGCUGUACCUGGAGUUCCUGCAGAAGUUCGAAAAGAAUUUCAUCGCUCAAGGUCCCUAUGACAACAGAACUGUGUUUGAGACGCUGGACAUCGGUUGGCAGUUGCUCCGAAUCUUCCCCAAAGAAAUGCUGAAGAGAAUUCCUCAGAGCACACUGGCCGAAUUCUACCCGAGAGAGUCCGCUGCCCGUCACGGAACCUCCUAAGACCACUACACCUUCUGGAGGCCCGGGCUAAAGGUCACAUGACCUGUCUCCCUCAGAAAACCUCUUCCCUUGUGUCCACCUUUACUCUGAAAAGUGGUGUUUAGAAUUACAGGGCAUAACUCUGGGAUAAUACAC